UUCAAAAUGGCGGCUUAUGUGGCUACACAUGAUCGCUCUGUUUUACCGAAAAAAUACGAAGAUACUAACGUUUGUGUUAUACAGAGAUCAACACAUGAAGACAUAUUAACUGUCGGUAAUAAUGUCUACAAUAAGAUUUGUGAUGACCACCAGAGAGAACGCCAAUCAGCAGUUGCUGAUGUUGAACAACGACUACAGACACAGGCAGCCCAGGAUAAAGAAAAAUCCUUAAAAGAGGCCAAGGAACUUGCAGAAGAAGAGCUAGAGAAAGCAAUGAUAGCUGCGAAGAAAACUCAAGAGAAAGCAGUGAAAGCAGAGUCCAAAAGAGUGGAAGCACUCAUGAAGAAGUUGGCUUUACAACAAGUUCAACAAGAAAGAGAAGAAGGGGAGUCAAGACUGAUGCAAGCCUUGGAGCAGGCAAAGAAAGACUUUGAAAUUGAGAGAGUUGAAGCUUUUAAAAGAGGAAAAGCUGAGGAGAGGUCCGAAGCUGAUAAAGAAAUCCAGAAAAUCCUUGCUGAUGAAGAAAGCAAACGAAAGAAGGUCAUUUUAAAUGCAGAGAUAGAAAAACAACAAGCUCUCAAUGCUUUAAAAGAAAGAUUAAGGUCUGAACAAGCCCAAGCUGUAAAAGCCAUGGAAGAAAAAUGCCAAAAACAAUCACAUGAACAAAUAAAAGAACUGAAUUCUAAACACAAGAAAGAAAUUGAAGAAAUGCAAGAAAAAAUAGAAAAAGAGAAAAAAGUACAAAAAGACUUGUUAGUGGAAAUAGAAAAUGAKACAGAAAUGAAGGCUAAACUUGCAAGUAGACUUAAACUGGUUGCACACUCGUUUCAGUCAUUUAUAAACACAACAAAAGGCUUCGAAGAAGGUCAAUCUGACUACCUUAUUCCUGAGAUUGUUCGAGAUGCUUUGGGAGAAUAAAAAUAUAUAAUUAAGAUCACUUUCAAAUCCUAGCUUUAUUCACGACGAUACUUUAAUAGAAGAACAUUCAAAUAUAUGCAGAAUAUUGUUCUUGCUUACAAUUUAUGUUCAAAGACCAAAAUCAAAUCCAAAGAUGUUUCAUGGAAUACAGUGAAAGUACAACUGGAUAUCAAACAAAGUCCAGAAAGAGAAAUUCCAACUGAUUUAUACAUCACAUCACAGUUGUUAUUAUUGAUUGUCUUGGGUUUAUUUUAAUAAAAUGUCAUUUAUAUAAAUAUACUCUUGUUUGUCAGUUUCACCAAAAACUAUAUAAA